AUGAAUGAAGAUGAAAUAAAGCAGAUGGUUGAAAAAUAUAAAUUGAGAAAAGAGAAUUUCGAUUCUUAUAAACCAAAUAAGAAAUAUUAUUUUGAAAAUUCGGAUGAAUUAUUUGUCAAAGCCUAAAUCAAAGAAUAAUAAACUUUUCUUAAAUCUUUCAAUCAUUAUUAAGAUUUACCAAGAGCAUCUGUAAAUAUUUUAGGAGCUAGAAGAUAAUGGGAAUUUGCUUCAGGUUAUUUUUUUGUAACAAUCCCUGCUUCCUAUAUCAUUGGAAGAAUAUUAGCAAAUGAAAAAUAUGGAAUUUAUAAUGCAAAUCAUAGAAUUAGAAGAAUGAGAAUAUAUACAUAUUUUAGCUUUGUUUUAAUAGGAUUCAUUUAUAUCCCUACAAUUCCUGUUUUUACUCCUUAAAAUUCAGGAAUAUUUUAACCAUAAUUUUAUGAAAAAAAAGUUUAGAGAGAUCUAGAUUUAAGUUUAAAUUUAUAUCAGAAUGUUGAUACAAUUAUAAAUAAAGAUCAAGAACCAAGUUGGGAAGAUUAUAAAAAAAUUUUAAGAAAUGUAUAGAAAAAAACUCUUAUGAAUGUAAAAGUGUGA